AUGAGGAUUGUUAGAAGUCUGGUGAGUAAAAGAUUUUUCUCUAUAUCGGGAGUCAAAAAUAAGAAUAAUUCGGCUUUGCCAUUGAAAAUUUCUGAAGAAAUUCAGCAGGCACUCAAUGAUAAAAACAAGCCAGUUGUAUCAUUGGAAUCUACAAUUAUUACUCAUGGACUACCAUAUCCGCAAAAUAUGAUCAUGGCUACAGAAACAGAGAAGAUUAUUAGAAACAAUGGAGCUAUUCCUGCUACCUGUGCCUUCAUUGACGGGCUCCCAACCAUUGGGUUGACAGGACUGCAACUCGAGUAUUUAAGUGAGCAAUCCUCCAGAGCUAUAACAAAUAAAGUAUCACGGCGAGACAUCGGUUAUACUAUGGCCCGAGAGGUUAAUGGUGGAACCACUAUAUCGCUGACUAUGGUUUUGUCACAUUUGGCGGGAAUAAAGGUGUUUGCAACAGGAGGUUUAGGUGGGGUUCACAGAGGAGGUCAAUUGACCAUGGAUGUUUCAGCAGACUUAAACGAAUUAAACCAAACGCCCGUAGCUGUUGUUUGUGCUGGCCCAAAAUCUAUUUUAGAUAUUGGUUUAACUAUGGAAUAUUUGGAGACACAAGGUGUAUUCGUAGGAACUUACAAUGACGAUAAAAGAGAGGCAAUUGAAAUUCCUGGAUUCUAUUGUCGUGAAUCAGGUAUCAAGUCCCCUUAUUCAUUUAACUCAUUCAAAGAAGCUGCAGCAAUCAUUCAUCAUCAGAACAAGAUGAAUCUCAAUUCUGGAAGUGUUUUCUGUGUUCCACCUCCGCAAGAAUCAGCGUUAUCGACAGAUUUUAUUAACAAUAUUAUCAAUAGUGCAAAUGAAGAGGCAAAAGCCAAAGGAAUAAGCGGGAAAGAUACUACCCCGUUUUUACUAAGCAGAAUCGCCGAGGCUACUGGAGGCAAAUCAGUUGAAUGCAAUAUCAAGUUUGUUUAUAAUAACGCUAAAUGUGCUGCUGAAAUCGCUAAGAAUUUGCUUCAACUAGAGACUAGGGAAGAAUUUAAUGUAAGUCUUUAAAUCUUGUGUUUAUUCUUGAAAUGUGUACUAAUUAAUAUUUAGAAUAGUGAUCGAAGAGAAGAACCACUUUUUCCUACAAAAACAUUUUCCAAUGUAAGAGAAAGACAGAUUCCCACAACCAUCGUACCUGAUUGUGUUGAUACAGUGGUAGUCGGAUCGAUUGCUUUAGAUACUAGUAGUAGAUUUAAAGAGCCUAAUAUAACUUCCAAGGAUUCUAAUCCAGGACACGUUGAAUCAUGUAUCGGUGGGGUGGGGUAUAAUAUUUCUUUGGCUUGCAAGUAUGGAUUAAAAGCUCUUUCUCCAGUGGAAGAAGGAUCUUCAAAUUAUAGGCUAGUUUCUGUUGUUGCGAAUGACUUUUCGGGCAAGACCUUAAUAAACCAAUUAGGUGCCAGCGGUAUUGAUACUUCUGGGAUACAUAUUUCUACAUGCGACGAUCAUUCAACUGCCCAGUAUAUUUCGAUACAUGACGAAAGAGGAGAUUUAAUUAUUGCUUGUGCGGAUAUGUCUCUUCUCGAAGAAGAUUUAGUUGCUCAACAUAUUAAAGGUCAGUUGCUUAGAUCCCAGCCAAAAAAUAUUGUAUUUGAUUGUAAUAUUUCUGCCAAAGUCAUGAAUGAAGCCUUGGAGUUUGUUUCAGAUCAUUUACCGCUAACAAAUGUGAUAAUAGAACCAACUUCAUCUCCUAAAGCUAGGAGAAUUGGUCAGAUGAAUUCAAAUAUCCUCAAAGUAUUCCCGAAUAAUUUAAUUCUGUUGGUCACUCCCACUAUAGCUGAAUUGAAAUCAAUUUAUUCAUCUUUCAAGUCCUGUGAACAUUUUGACGGAAACACUGAAUGGCUUGGUUUGCUUGAUUCAAUAGGUGUGGAUUCUAAGUUCACAGAAAAAUUGAGUGCACUUGGAACCAAACACAAAAUUCUAGAGGAAGGGUUAAAAGGAGGUUAUUUGCAGCAAUCUUUUCAGUUAUUGCCCUUUUUACCUAAUAUUUUGCUAAAAUUAGGAUCUCAUGGUGCCCUUUACUUGAGUUUGUCAACCAAAAUCGACCAUAUUUCGAUUCCUACGACUUCACGGUAUAGUCCUGAAUUUGUCGUUACAUCUAAAGGCAAAAAAUAUACUGAUAUAAAUGGUAAAUCAAAAAGGAUGGGCAUAAUUAUUCAAUAUUUUCCAAUACCUUCUGAGAAUGUGGACAUAGUGGUUAAGAAUGUCACCGGUGCCGGUGAUUCCCUUUUAGGUUAUCUACUUGCCAGGUUACUGAUAUCGGGCAAAACCAACCAAAAUAAACUGUGGUUAGCUUCAGAGUUGGAAGAACCAGAAGAAUGGGCGAAAUGGGAAUCGUUGCAUAAAGCUCAAAUUGCGAGCGGUUUGUCUUUGCAAAGCAGUAAAGCUGUUAGCCUCGAAAUUGAGAACUUAAAGUGA